AAAUGCACUUUAUCUUCCUGUUUGCACUGGCGACGAUCAUGGCUCUCUGUAAAAGCGCAGCGGGCAAAAAUUUGAAAUACAGGAUUUACGAGGAGCAGAGGGUGGGCUCGGUCAUCGCCAGGCUCUCUGAAGACGUCGCAGACGUUUUGUACAGGAUGCCCAGCCCUUCGUCGGUUCGUUUCCGAGCCAUGCCGAGGGGCAAUUCUCCCUUGCUGGUGGUCCGAGAGGAUAACGGAGAGAUCAGCAUUGGAGCUAAAAUUGACCGGGAACAACUCUGCCAGAAAAACUUAAACUGCACCAUAGAGUUCGAUGUAAUCACUCUGCCCACGGAACAUCUGCAGCUUUUCCAUGUCGAAGUGGAAGUGCUGGAUAUUAAUGACAACUCUCCUCAGUUCUCCAGAGCUCUGAUCCCGAUCGAAAUCUCGGAGAGCGCAGCUGUGGGCACUCGGAUUCCGUUGGACAGUGCUUUCGAUCCAGAUGUUGGGGAAAAUUCCCUCUACACGUACUCGCUGUCUGCCAAUGAUUUCUUUACCAUUGAAGUCAGAACAAGGACUGAUGGGGCCAAGUAUGCUGAGCUGAUUGUGGUUAGUGAACUGGACAGGGAGCUGAAAUCCAGCUACGAGCUCCAACUCACCGCCUCGGACAAUGGGGUGCCUCAGCGGAGUGGAUCCUCCAUCCUAAAAAUAAGCAUUUCUGAUUCCAAUGACAAUAGUCCAGUUUUUGAGCAGCAGACAUAUAUUAUCCAGCUGCUGGAAAAUUCCCGCAUUGGGACCUUGCUCAUUGACCUCAAUGCUACUGAUCCAGAUGAGGGUGCCAACGGUAAAGUGGUCUACUCCUUCAGUAGUCACGUGUCUUCCAAAAUUAUAGAGACUUUUAAAAUGGACUCUGAAAGGGGGCAGCUGACCCUUCUAAAACCAGUGGACUAUGAAACCACCAAAUCCUAUGAAAUUGAUGCUCAGGCGCAGGAUUUGGGUCCAAAUUCUAUCCCAGCUCACUGCAAAAUCAUCAUUAAAGUUGUUGACGUGAACGACAACAAGCCUGAGAUUAAUUUGAAUCUGAUGUCUCCUGGGAAAGAGGAAAUUGCUUAUAUUUCUGAAAAGGCUUCCAUAGAGACUUUUGUGGCCCUUGUUAGGGUGCAAGACAAAGAUUCAGGAGUAAAUGGAGAGGUGGUGUGCAAACUCCAUGGACACGGCCACUUUAAACUUCAAAAGACCUAUGAAAACAACUAUUUCAUCUUAACAAAUACCACUCUGGAUCGAGAAAAGCGAUCUGAAUACAGCCUGACUGUUAUAGCAGAAGACAAGGGUACCCCAAGUCUCUCCACAGUGAAACACUUUACUGUCCAGAUCAUUGAUGAAAAUGACAACCCACCCCAAUUCCAGACAAACAGAUAUGAAAUUGUAAUUUUGGAAAAUAACUCUCCAGGUGCAUAUAUCACUUCUGUUACAGCAACAGAUCCAGAUCUAGGAGAUAAUGGACAGGUAACAUACACUAUCUUGGAGAGCUUUAUUUUGGGAAGCUCCAUAACUACCUAUGUGACCAUUGACCCCUCCAAUGGAGCCAUCUAUGCACUUAGAACCUUUGACCAUGAAGAAGUAAACCAGAUUGCCUUUGUGGUUCAAGCUAGAGAUGGAGGGACUCAGCAACUUGCCAGCAAUACCACUGUCGUGCUUACCAUCAUUGAUGAAAACGACAAUGCACCUGUAAUUGUGGGGCCAAUACUGCACAACAAUUCAGCGGAAAUUUCAAUCCCUAAGGAAGCUGAAACUAAUUACCAUAUCACUAGGAUAAGAGCCAUAGAUAGAGACUCAGGUAUGAACUCAGAGCUAAGCUGUUCAUUAGCAAGUAGCAGUGAAGACAGCCUCUUCAUAAUGGACCCACAAACAUGUGAUAUCUAUCUCAAUGCUAGCAUUGAAUCUGCCAAGUCAACAGAAUGGGAACUUUCAGUGGUUGUUCAAGACAAAGGCAGCCCUCAACUCAGUACCAAAGCACUUCUGAAAUGCAGCGUCAUUAAAUAUGUUUAUCUGCCUACAUCAACAGAAGCCACGUAUAUUAGCCAACCUCCUCUAGAUGUUUCCACGAUCACAAUCAUAUCCUUAGCAGCAAUAUGUGCAGUUUUGCUAGUUAUCAUGGUUGUCUUUGCUACAAGGUGCAAUCGUGAGAAAAAAGAUACCAGGUCCUAUAACUGUCGUGUUGCAGAAUCCACAUACCAGCAUCACCCCAAGAGGCCAUCAAGGCAGAUUCACAAGGGGGACAUUACACUAGUGCCUACUGUUAAUGGUACUUUACCAAUCAGGUCUCACCACAAAGCUUCACCUUCAUCAUCUCCAACUCUAGAAAGAGGGCAAAUGAGCAGUCGCCAAAGCCAUCACAGCCAUCAGUCUCUCAACAGUCUGGUGACCAUCUCAUCCAAUCAUGUUCCAGAGAAUUUCUCUCUUGAGCUCACUCAUGCGACUCCUGCUGUUGAGGUCUCUCAACUUCUCUCAAUGCUUCAUCAAGGCCAGUAUCAGCCAAGGCCAAGUUUUCGAGGGAACAAAUAUUCCAGAAGCUACAGGUAUGCCCUUCAAGAUAUGGAUAAGUUCAGCUUGAAAGACAGCGGCCGUGGUGACAGUGAAGCAGGAGACAGCGAUUAUGAUUUGGGGAGAGAUUCUCCAAUUGACAGACUUCUUGGAGAAGGAUUCAGUGACCUUUUCCUUACAGAUGGAAGAAUUCCUGCAGCAAUGAGGUUAUGCACAGAGGAAUGCAGAGUCCUAGGGCAUUCAGACCAGUGCUGGAUGCCACCUCUGCCUUCUCCAUCUUCUGAUUACAGAAGUAAUAUGUUUAUUCCUGGAGAAGAAUUUCAGCCCCAGCAAAGCCAGCCACAACAGCAGCAGCAGCAGCAGGUACUAGAAGAAGAUUCUCAGGCUGUUGAAUCGUCUGAAAAGAAAAAGAGCUUUUCAACUUUUGGCAAAGAUAGUCAGAAUGAGGAAGAGGCAGGUGACAUGUGUACCGCAUCGCUACUGUCUGAAAUGAACAGUGUUUUCCAACGCCUACUGCCCCCAUCAUUAGAUGCCUACACAGAAUGCAAUGAAAUGGACCCCUCCAGUUCACUAGAGCGCAGGAAAGGACACUUGCCUGCCAAGACUGUAAGCUACCCACAAGGGGUGGCAGCAUGGGCAGCCAGUACACACUUCCAAAAUCCUGCAAACAGCACUGGGCUUACUUUGGGGACUCAUUCAGGUGCCCAACCAUCUUCAAAAUGGCUGCCAGCCAUGGAGGAAAUCCCAGAGAAUUAUGAAGAAGAUGAGUUUGACAAUGUGCUCAACCACCUCAGUGAUGGUAAACAUGAACUAAUGGAUGCUAGUGAGCUGGUGGCAGAAAUUAACAAGCUUCUACAAGAUGUCCGGCAGAACUAGAGUGUUUUGUUUCAUAGCAUAUUAAUUUUCCAUAUUUAUGGAAAACGGAGGGAUGGGAACCCAGAAUGAAAAGAACUGGCAUUGCCAAUUAGUUACAUUUAUCAUAAAUGUGUCUGUGUAUGUUGAAUAUUAAGAUACUGUAUUUUCAUAUGUACACAAUGCAAGUGUGAUUAUCUUUAACUGUAUUUUAAAAAUACAUUUGUACCUUAUAUUUAUGUGUAAUUUAACAAAUAAAUUUUAUUUUUGUACUCCCAUGGCAAGCAUGUUUUCCUACAUAUAAGCACCUGGCACUGUUUGUGUCUGACAUUCAGUACUCCUACCAGAAGAGUGUAUAAAAUCUAAAAGCCAUGCCAUUUUCCAUGGGUUCUUCCCCCAAAAUUAAAAUGUUGUGAUACAAAAUCAA